CAUCUCGUCGUGCUUCGUACCGGACUGCGAUAAAAAUACCAUUUAUAUUUUUUUAUUAAGACAUUUUUAUUCAUUCUCUUGGAACCUACUCGUAUAUGAACGGAGUCUCUAUCGUCUGUGUGAGAUAGUCCCUCUCGUAACCUUCAGAUAAACCCAGAUGACGUAUUCUCUCUGACCCAAUGCAGAUUUUAUAGAAAAAAAAUUGUUAAUUAUACUCUGCGUAGUCUGACUACAUAAUAAAGGCGCGUUAAAGAAGAAUGUGUGUACAUUAAGUGAAACAACUUUUUCAACAAUGAAGAUCUGAUCUAUAAUAUAAAUACCUUAACCAGGGAAACCCAUUUUUCAAAUCUCCAUAGAAUCUCUAUACAAAUCACUUUGUGCAUCAAUCAAUAGUACCAUCAAUUUGUCAUCAUGUCAGAGGAAAGAAACAUAACCAAUCAUUCAUUAGCUUUUGAUAAAAAAUAUCCAGAUCUUUCCGAAUUAUACUCAAAUCAUACUCCAUUCAUAACAUGUUCAUUAAUAAUUGCGGUCCUCGUGCUUAUUUUAAAUUUAGCAAUCUACGUAACAAACAUAUCAAAAGCUAAAAAACGUCUUACCAGCCAUCUGUACUUACCAACAACACUUCUUUGCUCUUUUUAUCCCAUAAUAUCCUUGGCUGCUCUAGUCACUAUUGUGCUACCCAAAUCAUGGCUCAUUUGCCAUACUGUGAUGCAUUUAUCCUUCACCAUUGGAGCGGUGUUGUUUCAUAAUUUGUGCUUUCGAUAUGCCAAUUCUGAAGUUGGUUUUCUUAAAGAGGUCGGUGAUCAGGAAUUAUUGGACUUCCAGACAUCUCCUUUAUGCUGUUGCUUUAGUUUCUUGCCAAAAUUGAUACCAACAAAGACAAGGCUCUUCAUCGUUAAAUGCUUAAUCUGGCAAAUGCCAUUUGUCCAAUCCAGUAUUAUGAUUGUUUUGAAUGUGAUAUACUACAGGGAUGCGGAAAUGUAUGACAAACUGAAUGCGUUUUUUAUUCCAUUCAUUGUUGGAUCUAUUUUAAGUGGACUUUGGGGCCUUAAUAUCACCGUCAAGAUGAUAAGUUCAUUAUUUCCUGAUUAUAAUUUAAUGAAAAAGAUGUUAUGUCUUCAGCUGAUCUUGCUGCUCUGCAAGCUACAAUUCCUUAUUCUAGAUUCUCAAUUGAGUACUUUUGAUUUUGGCGGAGUCUUUCCCAUCACCAACACAAUAUACAAACAAACCCUGAUUAACCUUUUGAUUUUGGUUGAAAUGACUCUUGUUUCAAUAUUUGUGAAACAUGCUUACAGCAAACCAGCAGAAUUGUAAUUAUUAUACUCGUAGAAACCGGUGAUAUAUGUAAAUCUUUUUUAGUUUUAAAUGUUGUUAAUUUAAUUGUAUUUCUAAAGAUGUAUUUAAGAUAUAAAGUAAAUACAUUUUAUUAUUAUUUAUAA